AUGUUUCUUAUCCUUCUAUUUUCAACUAUUUUGGCAGUCGCUUUGGUGCAUCAAUGGAAGGCUAGAAAGCAGUUGCCAAGAGGACCGUACCCUCUUCCACUCAUUGGAAACCUACACCAACUUCUCUACUACUGCUGGAAGAACGGAGGGAUCGUCGAAGGUUACGCUGAGAUUGAGAAGUCUUUCGGCAAAGUAUACACUCUCUGGAUCGGCCCCCUCCCAACUGUUUUCAUUUCUGACUAUGAAGUGGCACAUGAAACACAUGUUAAGCGAGCAAAUGUGUUCGGAACAAGAUAUGCUCCAGGACUCAUGAAUUAUAUCAGAUUUGACAAAGGAGUUGUGGCGUCGAAUGGAGAAUUCUGGCAAGAGCACAGGAGAUUUGCAUUGACAACGUUGAGAAACUUCGGAUUUGGAAGGAACAUUAUGGAGGAGAGAAUCAUGGAUGAGUAUAGACAUAGGUUUGAAGAAUUUUUAUCAACUGGUAAUAACAACAAAGGAGGAAGUUUUUCGACGUGUGCGCGCUCGUUUUUUGAUCUCCUCACUGGCAGUGUCAUCAACAAAAUCCUUAUCAAUGAGAGGUUUGAGCAGGACGACGCUGACUUCGAUAAGUUGAAGACCAAUCUAUCAAAAGGAUUUGAGAAUACUGGUUUCCUGGAUAUAUUCUGUCCAGUGCACAUUCUUCAAUCCAAGUGGUUGAAAUGGAGGCAAGAUGCAAUCUUUAAACCAUUCGAUUGGGUUCUGGAAUUGACAAAGAGAAAUAUUGCGAAAAGAGUGGCACAGAUUGAGUCAGGAGAGCAUGUGUUACACGAUGAGCCAGAUGACUUUUUGGAUGCUUAUCUGAUGAAGAAGGAGAAAGAUGAGAAGGAUGGAUUGGAGUCUACUUUUACACUUGAUAACCUUGCUGUCGACCUCUACGACCUUUGGUUGGCCGGACAGGAGACAACCUCAACUACCUUGACUUGGGCAUGUGCUUGUCUUUUGAAUUACCCUGACGUAGUUCUAAAAGCCCGAGAAGAAUUGGAACACGUGACUGGAGGACAUAGAUCACUCUCUUUGAAUGAUAGGAAAGCAACACCAUACCUGUCAGCAGUGAUUAGUGAAGUCCAACGCAUUGCUUCUAUUCUCAAUGUAAACCUUUUCCGGAUUAUUGAACAAGAUACCGUAAUCGACGGACAGCCUCUUCGAGCCGGUACUGCCGUCACUGCGCAUAUUGGAAUGAUCCAUGUGGAUGAGAAUUUGUUCAAGAAUCACACGGAGUUUGAUCCGGAAAGAUUUUUGAAGGAAGAGGGUCUUGACAAGAAAUUGAUACCGUUUGGAAUUGGAAAACGGGCAUGUCUCGGAGAAUCAUUGGCUAAAGCAGAGCUCUAUUUGGUUCUCGGCAACAUGCUUCUCGAUUAUAACCUUGAACCAGUUGGAGAAAUCCCAACAAUGAAAACAGUUACUCCGUUUGGACUUCUAAAAAGACCAGUGCAGUUCAGUGUAAAAUUUGUCGCAGUAAAAUAG